AGAAAACAGAAAAAAGAAAAGAAAAGAAAGAAAAAAGAAAAAAAGCAACUCCUUCUCAAUCAUUUAUCCUCAGAUAUUUCCAGAAUCCAUACCUUUUGAGCCAUGUACAAGACAGAGACUUUGAUUUUAGGAUCCUACGGUGCUAUUAUGCCAGGAGCCAGGGUAGUUGUAAGUAAACCUGACACUUUGGGAGAAGGAGAAUCACUUAAGGAGCCAAAUGAAAAGGAGGAGGGAGAAAAUGCCCCCAAAGCUGAAGAUGCUUCUCAGGAAAUUUCAGAUUCAAAUACAAGAGACCUAGUUCCAUGUCGAAAACACUGCAGGGUCGCCUGGCAGCUGACUCCCCCCAGCUCUGAGGAUGCACGGGAGGAAGAAAAAUUCUUCAGAAAUAUCGAAUCAUACAGAAGAGUAAGCAAUCAGCUGAAACACAGGAUAUUGCAGAAGGCCUGCCAUCAGCAGUUUGAAUUCAGAGAUGGGCACAUUUUCAACUCUUCCAUUCCGAACCUUGUCUUGGGGGUCCAACGUCUUGACUUGCAUUCAGGUUCUGCAGUUCUUUUGAUGAGGAAGAAUUCUUAUGAUAAGUGUCAGAAGUGGCUACACAAGGAAGAGAACAGGACAUUUCACCUGAUGAGUAAUCAAAACCUCGUGCUUGCUGUAGCCCUGCCCACAGGCUCAAUGGAGGAUCUUUCCGCAGCCACAGGUUACACUGUUAUUGUUGAGAGAUAUAAGCCAUACGGUAAUGGGGCUGCCAAUCAAAAGUGGUUAUAUAUGAAAAACAAGGGGGUGCUAAAGGCCUUUCAUAGCACAAAACUGGACAUAGAAAUCAUGUCUGCAAACCAUGCUGGCGUCUGUACGUCGACCGUGACCAAGGGAGAAGAAGUCGACCAAGUAGGCUACUACUUCCGUCCACCUGGCAGCAAGGCGAAGAUCAUGAUCUGCUUGGCCUGUGCCAGGUCCAUGGUCAGCCAGAAAGACCUGAAAAAACUGCUUCCAGGCAGCAAGUUCUUCUGUGCCUUCGGUUCCAAGGAACAAAAGCAACUCUCCUUAAGACCCUCCAAGGUCAUCCAUGCGAACCAGGUAUGUAAUGCACUGAGGUCUGCUGAGGGUGAUUUAUCCUCUUUUGAAGACGAAAAUAGUCUAAGGCAUUAUGAAGAACUCCUAUUAUCCUUUCAAAGAGAGGGCUCCAUGCAAACUUUAUCCCAUAAUCUUUUGGCAACCAUGCGCCAGACACCGGUAAAAAUAAUUGCACAUAAAAACGGAACAGGAUCCACCAAUGGCAAAUUAAUUGUUGCUCAGUCUUUCCCUAUGCUUCUUUCAGGAUGUACAGCACAACUUGGUCUGACCAGAGCAGCUUCUAGACUCUACACAUAUGAUGGCACCGCCAUUCUUAACCUACAUGACUUAAUUUUGUGGGCUGUGAAUGAAUCCUUGAAACAAAAAGACACUGAAGAAAAGAAAUAUGCAUCCCCAGAGGAGACUAAAGAAGUGGUGAUUCAGAAUGUGGAAGAUAAAAAAGCAAACCAAGGGGAAAUCAAGUCACCUCCACAAACCGUGAUGUCAGCCCGUUUGAAUUCUUUCAACACUUCUUUGCUCACCCUCAUUCUCAAAAAUCCUAUAGAAGUCUGGGUUUCAUGUGGGGAACCAUUCAUACCCCUGGAUGCUUUGCAAAGAUCAGAAAAACUUGAGAGAAAGAAUUGGCUAAAGAAGGACAGACUUUUGGCUGAUCUGGAAUUCAUGAAACACAAAAUGAGACAGUUAAAAGGGCGACGUGUCUUUGAGGGUAAACCUGGAAAAGUAACUUACACCCACAGCCCUGGAAAGCGCUCGGUAGUCAAAGGUAACUGGAUGGAGCCCUCUCAAGAGGAGAGGAAGUUACUGAAGUACAUAGUGAGUGUGAAGGCGCACCUUUCUGAGGUCCAAAGGCAGCAGACAAAACACAAUUCUUCAGUGUCAGCCAAACAAACCAGCCUAUAUGUUCAGCCCAACACAAAAAGAGUCUUUGCUUACCUCAGUGGUCACGAACGUGAAGAUGGUGUUUAUGCCUGGGGCAGAACAAUUGCUGAGCUCCUGGAUGCGUGCUCCCUGCGUCUCAGGAUGACAAGCCCAGCCAAGACCAUGUACACCCUGGACGGAAAACCUUUGACAUCUUGGAAUGAUAUCAAGAGGGACAUGGUCGUCUGCGUUUCUGCUGGGAACCAUUUUGUAAGCCACAAAGAUAUAAAGCGACGGGUAGCCGUGCGAGCCAAUUAUGCCCGUGUCAGAAAACUGAAGGGGCCUCAUGCCACAGAUAUUGUUGCAUCUGCCGUAGAGAGGCCAAAAUCCGAGACAAAUAAGUCAGACUCAAUCUUGUCUCUGUACACAUCUCCUUUUUUCGAAGGCUGGUAA